AUGAAAGGUAUUAGAAGGUUUAGAAUUAAAGGAAAAUUGAGUCCGCGUUAUGUUGGACCCUAUGAAAUCCUCGAUCGAGUUGGGGAUUGGGCUUAUCGGUUAGCACUUCCUAAUUCCAUGGAACGAAUUCAUAAUGUUUUUCAUGUAUCGCAGCUUCGUAGGUAUGUCGCAGAUCCUUCUCAUAUUUUAUCUCCGGAUGAGUUAGAGCUAAAUGAGGAUCUUUCAUAUGAGGAAUUGCCUCUUUGGAUCAUGGACACAAAGGUUCGAACUACGAGGAACCGAGAUAUUCGUAUGGUGAAGCCUAACAAGAAGAGCCUGUCCAAGCAAGAUAAAGGAAAAAGGAAGACGGGAGAAGAGAAGGAUUUAAAAGCCAAAAUUGGAAAGGUCGCAAGGAGAAUGACCAAAGGGAUCGCGAGCCAGGAACUAUAG